GUACUGGCUGUGCGUGUGUGUGCUACUGUGCGUGAGGUGCGUAGCCGAUAAAGAGGCUUUGUUAAGAUGACCGCCCUAGCAGCACGUAGGCGCAGAAAAGGAUAGUGAUCAGCCCCGACAGCACAAGCCGCAACCGUAAAAGAAACGAUUCGCGGAAAACCAGCCGCGGUUAUGGUCCAGGCGGACUGCUGUGAUGGGAUUGUAGACCGCUGGAGUUUCUCGGCGAAGGUGUUUCGUAUGAUGGAAGAUGGAUCGCUGGACCUCAGCAGCCUGCGCGAGUCGGACUUCGAGCAGCUGGCCGUGUACCAGGUGCGGGACCAGGUAUGCGAAGAAGGCCUGUCCAACAGGGCGGAGGCCUCCCUGCCUCGCAACCUGCUGCUCAAGCCAUCGCAGACGCUCAGUGACGUUCUGGGCGUCUGGAGCACGGACUACAUCCCGCGGGGCACACGGUUCGGCCCCUUGAUGGGCGAUGUGUACCGCAAGGAUGAGGUUCCGGCCAACGCGAACCGCAAGUACUUCUGGCGAGUGUACGACGGGCCCGACUCGUUCCACUACGUGGACGGCUUCGACGUCAGCAAGGCCAACUGGAUGCGUUACGUGAACCCGGCCUACUCGAGCGAGAACCAGAAUCUGGUCGCCUGUCAAGUCAAGCAGGACAUCUACUUCUACACCAUCAAGCCCAUCUACCCUAACCAGGAACUCCUGGUCUGGUACUGCCGGGAGUUUGCGGAACGACUCAGCUACCCCGUCACCGGAGAGCUUAUGCUCCAGAGGAUACGGGAGCAACUGCAGCCAGCGGUCAAGGAUGACGCCUACUUCUCCCGGCCGCACCAGCUGACGCCGCCCGAGGGCAGCACUCGCAGCGACGAGGGCUAUCACAGCAAUGGCGGUCCCGAGGACGGCCUCACGCCUCCUGAGGACAGCAGUGACAGCGACAGCGACAACUAUGUGCUCGACUUCAGCGUCAAAGCCAAGCGCAAGCAGCCGCCCGUCGGCGGCAGCGACAAGGCGGAGAAGCGAGACGACAAGUGCGAGUCGGUCGCCGUCGUCGCUGCCGAGCAGCAGCAGCCCGACAAGUCGCCGCAGAACGAGUUCCGGAAGGUCAAGAUCAAGAUGCCCAAGGCGUACCACUACCGCAGCGGCGGGCCCAGCAGCCCACCAGCGGCCGCGGUGGUCACCACCAGCGACGAGAAUCCGAGGCCCAACAGCUCGAGCUCGCCGGAGCGACGGCAUGACGACGAGAAGCGGCUGGGCGCGCUGCAUGAGCCAGCCAGUCCCAAGUACGCCAGCGCGCCCCGGUUCACUGAGGACGUGCUGGAGCGUAGCGCCAGCUCGGCCUUCUCUACUUACGAGGGCAUGGGCCAGAGGAUUUCGCCGCAGAGUCCCAAGGGUCCUCCGGCUCCUGGCAUUCUCGAGAACUUGCUUCUGCAGCGGUACCAGGAGCGCGCCGCCGCCGCGGGCCCAGAAGCGCCCGCGUUGCGCCGCGAGUCGCUCAAGGAGCCCGUGCGGGUUAUCGUGUCCAGCGAAGUGUCACCGCCGGCCGCUCCCGACACCUCGGGCGAGGGAGGCCACCCGCCCGGCCCACCGCCACCACUCGUGUUCCCGCACAAGAAGAGCAUACGCUACCACCCGGGCAAUAGCAACAGUAAUGGAGGCAGCCCCGAGAUGCACAGUCCCGACUCCACGGACAAAGCGCACCAGCAGCCCGCCGUGUCGUCUGCCAUGAGCCCUGGCUACGGCGUGCCGGGUUCGGCGCCGGCGAACUACCUCUACAUGAACGGCAUCGCUCCCAUGUUUUCGCCGGCGCACUUCAACAUGUACGCGUACUCCGUUCCCGAGACUGUGCACUCGUCGCUCGCUUCGCCAUCGGCGGCCAUGCCUCCCUACCCGAAGUUGCCCGAGUUCGGCGGGCACCACGGCCCUCACCACGCGAUGCUGCCAAUGUCUGCGGAAACGGGAAAACUCCCACCGUCCGGCGGCAGCUCACCCGGCAGCAACAGGCCCUACUCGCCGGGCUCCAACCCUCGGGGUUACCGGUCGUUGCCGUACCCGCUCAAGAAGAAGGACGGCAAGAUGCACUACGAGUGCAACAUCUGCUACAAGACGUUCGGCCAGCUGUCCAACCUCAAGGUGCACCUGCGCACGCACUCCGGAGAGCGUCCGUUCACGUGCUCCGUGUGCGGCAAGACGUUCACGCAAUUGGCCCACCUGCAGAAACACCACCUCGUGCACACGGGCGAGAAACCGCACCAGUGCGACGUCUGCAAGAAGCGCUUCAGCAGCACCAGCAACCUCAAGACGCACCUGCGGCUCCACUCGGGCCAGAAACCGUACGCCUGCGACCUCUGCCCAGCCAAGUUCACCCAGUUCGUGCACCUCAAGUUGCACAAGAGGUUGCACACCAACGAGAGGCCGUACACCUGCCAGACGUGCAAGAAAAAGUACAUCAGCGCGUCGGGCCUGAGGACCCACUGGAAGACCACGUCAUGUCAACCCAACAUGGUCUUGGACAUGGAGCUCGACAAGGGUCCGAAUGACUACGACUACGGCCCCAUGGAGUUGUCCCCUCCACUGGCGAUGGAGAGGCACCCCGCAGGCCUCUCCCACCACGGGCUUGGCCCAGCAAGCCCCGGUGACGAGUACCCCCCUGCGUUACACCACCCACCACCGCGACCUUCGAGCAAGGAGAGCGACUACCCGUCAUCAUUCCACCGCUCCGAUGGCGCAAAGACGUCGGUGAUCAGCAGUGGUCCGGCGUCGCCCGACGACGACCUCUCCAAGAAGUGCCACCCGACGCCCGACAGAGACAAAGAGUGACUGUUUGCGCGCGUGAUGUGUGCGCCUCAUCGCGCAGAUCGUUUUGUGCGCGAACUAUGUACAAAGCAAAACUCAAGUCAUGGGCCCGGGUGGCCGUUCUCACACAAUCGCGCAACGCGACGUCGGGCGCGCGCGGUAUCCCUCUCUCGCCCUCUCACCGGUCUCUUACCGAGACUGUAUUUAUUGUUUCGCGCGGCUGGAGACGCGGGGGCCUGCGGGCCGGUCGGCCCAUCUUUCCAUACACAUUCCAGGAGCGGCGGUGCGUCUUGUAUUUCGUGGAGGAAGCGAAGCGACCUAGGAGGGAGCAUGACGUCAGGGCAUCUAUACAUUGGGCAAAGCCAAGUUCCUCUGCACACUCAUGUCACGCCAUUCCCUACUCUUUGCCUACCGUCCUCGGGCGACAAGUGCGCGAGGUGAACGACAUGCAGUAGUAAUUCGCGCAGCUUUCAGCCUUAUUUGCCACUUGAAACAUGAAAAUCGGAACCUCUCGCGCAAUUGCACGACCAUUUUCGUAUGUUAUUAGAGGGAAGUCUGACGUUAUAGAUCAGAACUCAUUGGAAUAAUGGCCGUUUUUUGUGCGUGUGUGUGUGACUAAAUUUAUUCUCCUACCUCAGCACGCCGCAUCUCUAUGUUGGGAAGUAUGUCCUGCCUGUUUGUUUAUACAUUCGAGUACAUUAUCGCAGAAUAAGUAAUCAUCCAGUCUUUUCCUGUUCAUCAGCACCAGCUAGAUAAAAUAUCGACGGAUUAUUAUAUUGCCACAUACCAUCAUCAGAAUCACCGACAUAUGCGCAUGACUGUCAUGUUACA